AUGUCAAAAGGCGUCUGGAGAAAAUGCGCCCUCUCCCCGGCUGGAGGAGCCUCGUUCACCUGUCUCGUGAUGAUGUUUCUUCUUGUCGCUGUUAACAAACACCGGGGGAGUCAAGUGGAGGACGUUUCCACCGAGAGAGAGUUCGGGACUCGCUCCCUGCAGAGUUUAAACAGCAUGGGUAAAAAUGACAAAACCGAGGACCGGGUCGGGGAGAAAUGUCAGGCGGCACAGGUGAAGGGUUUCUCGGUGUACUUCAGUGAGUUGAGCCGGGGGAAGCGGGCGGUGGAGCACAGAGCGGUGAAGGCUAGUGAUCCUACCCCGGUGGAGGAGCUCAGUCCGGCGGAUGUGUUCAUAGCGGUGAAAACCACCAGGAAAUACCACCACAACAGGCUGGACCUACUGCUGGACACGUGGAUCUCCAGAAACAUGCUACAGGUAAUGGGGAAAACUUUACACUUCCAGGAAUUAGGUGCCCUGCUCAAGGGCAAAUCAAUAGAUUUUUCACCUAGUCGGCUCUGGGGUUCGAACCAGCGAACGUUCGAUUAUUAGCCCAACGCUCUUAACCGCUAGACUAGCCUAUUGGACACAUUGCUAUUGUGGUAGUUUGUGAAAUUGUAUUACCAAUGCAUCUAA